AUGGAAUUCAAGUUAUUACUUACAGCGGAAGUCCCCGAUUUUUCCAUAUUAACAUACCAGCAACGUGUGUUCAAGGGAUUAUACCAGUACUUUGAUCCCAUCCUAGCCGAAGGAAAAAUUGACGUGGCGCAUGAUCCAAAAUAUAGCAAAGCAUGGGCCCUUUACGAAAAGUUGGAACACAUCGUUUAUCCAUGGAUCCGUCCGCACUGGCCCAACAUGUUUCACGCGAAUAACGGCACCGCUGGCCGAGGCAUUGUUCUAUGUGUCGGCAACCACCAAUUCCAGCAUGCCGCAACGACCAUUCGAGGUAUUCGCGAAGUGCUCAAGUCCGAACUGCCAAUUGAAGUUUUCUAUAUUCGAGAUGAUGACUUGAGUGAGGGACGACGAAGAUAUCUGGAAACCGAAUUCGACAAUUUGAAAAUCGUCAAAGCGGUGGAUUACAUCAAUGAUUUCUAUACACAGUUCGGCGGUUGGGCCGUUAAACCUUAUGCCAUAUUAGCGAGCAGUUUUUCAGAAGUGAUCAUGAUGGAUGCCGAUGCGUUUUUCUUCCAAAAGCCAGAGACGUUGUUCGACGAUGAAGGUUACAAGGCGACGGGAACCCUUUUCUUUUACGAUCGUACCUUAUUCGCGAACUGGGAUGUCGGCAAACGAUGGUUGCAGUCCUUCUUACCCACCAAAAGUUCUCUAGUAGAAAAGACCCGUUGGUGGCAGUUACGAUCGGCUCACGAGCAAGAAUCAGGGGUGGUGGUAGUCAACAAGAAAAAGUCAUUGCUAGGCUUACUGGCGACCUGCAAGAUGAAUGACAAGCACGAGCGUGACGAGGUGACUUACAAGAAGAUGCACGGCGAUAAAGAGACAUUCUGGAUCGGUUAUGAGAUGAUGCAGACACCUUAUGCGUUUGUCAAGUCAUACGGCGCGGUUAUCGGCGGAUUGGGUGAUGCGGGUGACAAGAAUAAUGUGUGUGGUAAUCAACUUCAUCUUGAUGCGCAAGGGAAACCAUGGUGGUGGAACGGCGGUUUGCUACGUGACAAACACCGCUGGGCCGAUCGGUAUCUUAUUUUUACGCAUUACGCGGAGGGCGAAGAUUGGCAUUUUGAAACGUCCUGUAUUAAAGAAACCGACAAGAUCCAUGCCUUUACCGAAACCGACAAAGGUAUUGCUACUCGGUACAUUGCUCUCGAUCAGCAACGACGAAAAGAUGAAGCGCUCAUCGAACAAGGCACGUGGGAGCCUUCCACACACUAA